GUCCAGCGCUAUGUUCCAGUUGUGUCCAAUACUCUCCACCUUACCGCCUGUUGGUGAUUCACAACAGAGAGAGUGAGAGAGCGCGCAAUAUGACAACAAUCUUCUACUUGGAGCCCGAGCUGGUGCUUGCCCACGGCCGGAAGGUGCUAUUCCUCAAUCCCAACGACUUGCAAAUCUUCAAGGAGAUUGAGCUCCCCACAGACCUGACCACGUGCGGGCUCAAACCCGUGGCGGCCAGUGAAGCAACUGAAGAGCAGCCCGCAACCAAGAGUGAAGUGUCCAUAUUGAACGUAAGCUAUUCACCCGAUCGCCAGUUAAUUGCGCUGACCACAACCGGCCAAAAGGCGCUGCUGCUGUACAAGAGCAGGCCGGAGCAUGCCAAGCUGCUCUCGAUACGACCGCUGGCACGUGCCUCGAGUGCCUUGAGAUUCGCGCCCGAUUCGAGUUCGUUGCUGGUCACGGAUAAAACCGGCGAUUGCUAUCAAUUCGAUUGCAGUGCGGAUGUAGAGGCGCCGCCCAAACUGCUUUUGGGUCAUCUGAGCAUUGUCUACGACAUAUUGUGGACACCGGAUCAACAGCACAUCAUCAGUUGUGAUCGUGAUGACAAAAUUCGCGUGACCAACUAUCCCGCCAGCUAUGACAUACACAGCUAUUGUCUGGGUCACAAGGAAUUCGUUUCGGGUCUGGCGCUCCUCGGCGAACAGCAGCUGCAGCACCUGGUUUCCGUUUCGGGUGACAAGACGCUGCGCAUCUGGAACUAUGCGACGGGGGAGGAGCUGCUGCUCAAGGAAUUGCCAGCGCCAGCAGUGCGACUCCAGCUGCGUGAGCUUGUGCCCGGCCAGCGUUAUGAGGCGGCGGUGCUCUUCUACGAUCACAGCGCUGCCAUUGGACUCUAUGAGCUGCAGCUCAAUGCAGCAGACGCGGCAAAUCCUUCGUGGUCUGUGACACGGGAGCAGUUGAUUGAAGCCGCUGCGGGCAGUUGGCACAUUGGCAACUUUGCGCUGUGUGGACAACGCAUCUAUGUGCUGGGCUCCUUGAAUGACAAUCUCUCGUUGCGUGCCUACAGCAGCCAGGAUGGUGCCGAGGAUGCAACGCUGCCCGAAGGCUGGUUGCAAAUGGUCGACGAACAGUUUGCCGGAGAGGGGCAAUGUGUGCCCGAGGAUCUGUCGGUGUGGUUCAAGAAGCGCUACGACAACGUCAGCGAUUACAUGGAACGCAAGAAGCGACGCAUCGAGGACACCAACAAAGCCAAGUGACCAGCUACUUAUCUAGUUUAUAGACUUGCUUUAUACCUCUUGCUCUUUCAUUCUGAUCUAUGUAAUAAAAACGUUGUUGACAAUAA